AUGCAAUUGAAUAUCACAGACGCCAAUUUAAGUCUCAGUUUCCGACACGAAACUUUUUUGUGUUCAGAUCUUGAAUUGAUGAACGAGAGGGAAGCGGAGGAGUUGAACAGAGAUUUGAGAAGGGAAAGAACUUCACUCACUAAAUGCGUUAACGAUGCAGCUGAGCUUCUCUUGAAGCUUCUUGUGCAGCAACUUCACAUUUUAUCUUACGAAGUGUUCAGCUCAUUAAAAUUCCAUUAUGCUGCUGCUUUGUUCAAAACUCCUGAAUAUCGUUUAAAACCUCAACUCCCACAACAAAGGCAACAAUAA